CUAUGCAAGUGUUUUGCCUCUUCUUGUGAUAGUUUGACUUACCUGAACCAGGAAAUGCUAGUGAAGGAUGGCGCUGCCCUUUACAUAUGCCACAGUUAUUCGCCACUUGGGUCUGCCCUAUGUGACGCACGAACGUCGGACAGAUUGUUUGCUGUUAUCUAAACAAGAAGUUCGUGCAGAUUCAUGCACAUACGAAGAUAGCAUGAUAUAUCCUGUGCCAUGACGGGUACUUGCGGAAACAACUGCGCCGUAGCAAGAGCCCUUGAAUUGGAGACAGGUAAUUGCGAAUCUAGAGAGCUUCGUAGUACACUCUGAGAGAUGUCAUUGAAAAGAAGUCAGUAUCCGCC